AUGGCGGUAUUCCUUGGAUGUUGGUGUGUGAAACAGAAGAGAAUCCAGGAGCAACGACAAUAUAACUACGGAGACAAUGCUGCUUACACGAAUAAGGGGAGAGUGGCCUCGGUAGGCUCCCUAGAUGACGGACCUCAACUCACUCAACGGUUUCCAGCCAGGACUACUCCUGCCACUUUGGAGCCGGCAAGGCUAACCCCAGCCUCGUCAAGGCCGCAAUCACGGAAUCUCUUCGGUUUCAACACCAGUGUCUAG